AUGAAAUAUCGAGCUAAAAAACGAUCGGACAUUCGUGGUCACUUCAAGCAACGUGAUAUUCCCGAUCUUACGAGCGUUAACCGUAGUGAGGAAAGGAAACUGAAAAGUGAUCGCUAUAAAGUCGGACGUCUCAAGACUGCAGCCUAUGCGAUUGCUUCAAUCUCGACAUUUUUCAUCGUCGCCAGUUUCGUGCUCAAAGCGAUUGGCUUAUCGGAUAUCGGUUGGAAUUGGGAAUUGCUCUUUUUGGUGGUGGAUUCUGUGGCUGUUGUUUGUUUACUGCAAGGAUUAUGGCAAGAAAAAGCUGCACUCUUGCAGCCUUUCGUUGUUUUGAAUAUCAUCACAAUAUCGUUCCUUAUUCUGCUGACACUAUUCUUCGCAACAGCCGUCCUGAACGCACAUUCGUAUGCAGGUGAAUAUGUGGAAAUGGCUUUAAGUGGGCGAUUGCAACAGAUCGCUGAAGUAUUGUCCGUUCAGCAACGAAAUGGUAAGAUGUUAUUUCAACAAUUACAAUUUGAGUAUUUCUGCGCCUUAUCAGCAUGA